UGUGUGUCGAAUUCACGUGACCCACGUGUUCAACUCUAGCUACAUUUUAUUCCACACUGUACUGCAUUGCUUUAUAAAAAGGAUCAUUGGCUGUCAAAUUGUGAAGGAAUGGAUAUCAAUAAUCAAAAGCUUCGAGAUGGUAUUAUCGCCAAGCUCAAGCAGUACAAUGCGUACAUUGACAACGAGCUCCCUGACUACAUCAUAGUCAUGUUGGCCAACAAGAAGACCAUGCUGCAGAUUAAGAAUGACCUGCAACUGUUCCUAGGGAACAAUACGGAUGCGUUCAGUGAUUGGCUGCAGAGGGUCGCGAGCACUCCUGAGUUGUUAGAGGAUACUGAUGAGGGAGAGCUGAAGGCAGUUUCUGAUGAAGAAGUUGAUGAUUCUAAACCAAAAGUGAUCACCCUUCCUGGAACCAAAGAGAAGAAAGCAUCUUCUGAGCUGCAUAUCCGAGAAUCACAAGGCGAGUCAAUGAUGUCACGUGAUACAGCAGAAGGGGAAAUUGUCGAUGAGAGUAGAAGAAGCGAUAGACUUAGAAGUGAACGUGAUGGUCAAAGGUCAAGGUUGACAAUGAAAAAGAGGAGCCACAAUGUUAAACCUGACUCCACUCGUGACCAGGACCUCCGUGCUUUCAUAGCCCAGCGUCGUGAAGAGAGGAAUAAACAGGGCAAGGGUGGACGGUAUGGUCACUAUGACAACGAUUCUGAGUCAAGUGAGGACGAGAAGGAGAGAGUGUCCACUUCGCUGUCAAGUGUGGUCAAGAUCAUGAAACGACCUCAGCUUGGUGAGAAAGGUGGUGGACGCCUGCUUCAAAAGGCCCUCCUAGGACUGGGCCGCAAGAGACCCAGCGACGAGACUGAGGAAGAUGUACAUGUACCUAAGGUUAAAGUUGCCCGGCGAGAGGAAGGAGGCGUUGUCAAGAGGGUCCUCAGAGUGAAGAAAGAAGACCUUGACAAGUUUCUGUCAACUAAGAAGUCGCCGAAGAAAACUGCAGUGUCCCAGGUAUCAUCUACUGAGCCACAGGAAGUAAGGCGUGGUGAAGGGGUGGAGUCUAGUGAGGGUAGUGAUGCUGGUGACCAGGUGGUCAUUGAAUUGGAGCGGGACAGCGAUGACAUACAAGAUCAAAUCAUAGAGAGGGCGACAAUUGCAGCAGUAAAGAGUGUUCUACCAAUGGCUGCCAGACUGGGACGCAAGAGAAAGAGCUCUGAGCAGGCAGAUCUGAGGGAACUCAUCCGCAGGAGGACCAGCAGCUCUGAAAGCACUCGGUUUGUGGUGACUCUGGAUGGAACAGAUGAUCCUUACCAAGAUGAUGAUCUUGAAGAUAAAGGCACUCAAAAUGAGCAAGACGCUCAUGGCAAUGUGCGAGAACGGUGUCGGUUCUGGCCCAACUGUAAGAACGGGGACAGCUGCUCCUACAUACACCCCACCGUCCCGUGUAAGCUCUUCCCUGAUUGCAAGUACGGGAAGAGGUGUCUCUACGUACACCCUCAGUGCAAGUUUGACUCGAGGUGUACUCGCUCCGAUUGCCCCUACCUCCACACGGCACCCAGGCACUUGGCACUCAAGCCGACAGCUGUUCCGAUGCCUUCUCCAGUGCCAAUGUUUAAACCAAAGUUCGGCCCAACUUUCUCAUACUUGUCCUCAUCUGGUGGAGGUCAAAAAUUUCCUGAGAAGUCAGCUCUCACCUGGACACCCAACAAGAGCCCACACAACAGUGAGAGAAAGUUUGCUGUGCCUGAUGACCAGACUACUUCAGUGCCUGUUUAGAACAUUGAGUUGUUGUACAUACAUUCUUUCUCUAUUAAAUUGUAUACUUAUCUCCUAAGUUGUUUAUAUACCUGGGUUCACUCGCUGUUUCACUAUUAUGUAAAUUCAAUUUGUGAAAAAAAUCAGUGUGUUUCAUUGCA